AUGGCGUCUGCUAACCGAAUGGUACUCAUGCACCUACCCAAAAACAAUCCGAUCGACAUCACAUUUACGGACAUCCAGUUCACCGUAGACGUCGGGACGUUGCGCAGAGAAAAAAAACAAGUACUCAAAGGCGUUUCUGGACGCUUCAACAGUGGCGAACUCACUGUAAUUAUGGGACCAUCUGGUGCUGGAAAAUCAACCCUUCUCAAUAUUCUUACCGGAUUUGAACGCAAAGGAAUGAAUGGUGAAGUCCUGACAAACCGCGUUGAUGACGAUGACUUGCUAUUAAAUAAUGAUUUGAGAAAAAAGAGUAACGGGGGUCGUACCAUAUGCCAAAAAGAAUCCUGUUACAUAAUGCAAGACGACCAACUGUGCCCACUUUUCACUGUAUUAGAAAUCAUGAUGAUGGCAGCUGACCUGAAACUCGGAUACACACUCUCCUACAAAUCUAAACUUCUUGUAAUCGAGGACAUUCUAGACAGCAUCGGACUCUCCGGCAGCCUUCACACCAGGUGCGGUACAUUAUCCGGUGGACAGAAGAAACGCUUGUCCAUAGCUCUUGAACUUAUUGACAAUCCACCUAUUAUGUUUCUCGAUGAACCCACCACUGGUUUGGAUAGUACGAGCUCACAUCAGUGCGUGUCGAUCUUGAAAGGUCUGGCCAAAGGCGGUCGGACAGUAGUUUGCACAAUACAUCAACCCAGUGCCAGCACGUACGAAAUGUUCGAUCACGUCUACAUUAUGGCCGAGGGGCACUGCGUAUACCAGGGCUCUAGUCAGAACACCAUACCUUAUUUGCAAACAAUCGGACUUAACUGUCCGCAAUACCACAAUCCGGCCGAUUUCAUUUUGGAAGUAGUGACGGGUGAAUAUGGAAAUUUUACCUCUCAACUCAAAACUGCAGCUAUUGAUAAAUCAUGGCGGACACCACCUCAAAUCGCCGAUUCACGUACGUUAUUAAAAAGAAAAUCUAAGAACGCUGGUCCUACUUCAUUGGUCUUGGUCAACCAGCCCUCCGAAUUCAAUAAAUUAUUAGUACUGAUACACAGAAGUUUAAUGCAGGUCUACAGAGAUUGGACGGUUACUCAUGUAAAAAUAUGUAUGCACUUCCUCGUCGGGAUUUUACUGGGGCUCUUGUUUGAAAACGCCGGCAUCGACGGUGGCAAGACCAUCAACAAUAUCGGAUUCUGUAUUGUAACGCUUGUAUACUUAAGCUACACGUCCAUUAUGCCAGCUAUUUUAAAAUUCCCGUCCGAACUUCACAUUCUGAGAAAAGAGUUGUUUAACAACUGGUAUAAGCUAUCCACAUAUUUCGUGGCGUUUCUCGUCACGAAUAUGCCUUUGCAGAUGAUGUUUUGUUUUAUUUACACAUCGAUUUCUUACUACUUGUCAGCACAGCUGAUGACGUGGACCAGAUUCUUGAUGUUCUUAUUUGUUUGUCAGUUAAUGACCCUAAUAUCCGAAGGCAUUGGCCUUAUUCUCGGCACAGCCAUGAACCCAGUUAACGGAGUCUUCAUUGGUUCGAUCAUCACUUGUCUAUGUAUUCUCUUCGCCGGUUUCUUAGUACUUUUCAACCACAUGCCCGUCGUCCUGUACUAUGUGUCCUACAUCAGUUAUAUGAGGUAUGCACUAGAAGGGCUGGUCGUCUCCAUUUACGGUUAUGGUCGUGAACCUCUGAUAUGUUUAAACGAAGAAGGUUACUGUCAUUACCGCUUCCCGGAAACGACAUUCAAAGAGAUCGGUAUGACCGAUGGAAAAUAUUGGACGGACAUAUCAGUGAUGGUUGGAUUUUUGUUUGUCAUUGUGAUAAUUAGUUUUUUGACUUUACGAAAGAGUUUGAAAUGUCGUUAA